UGUGAUGAAAUUGACUCGAUCGCACAUGAACGCAUAAAACGUGGCACGCUCAGCCUUUGAAAUUCCAACGAUGUACAUUAUUUUCUAUUAAGUUUUAUCCCUGUAGUCUAUUGUCAUGAGCACGGGUAGUUUCACGCAGCGGAGAUCAUUCCGUUCCGAACUUCCGACGUACCUUCACGUACGGAACAAUGUCAGAUCGUUCCCAGUUACAGCAGAAAGUCGAUGAAGCAUACAGCGUGCAAGUGAAAGCCGCAACGAAGGGAGCAGCUCGAGCAGGAGCUUUCGGUGUUGGGGUCGUCACGUUUGCCCAUUAUGCGUGGCCACUCUUCCGACGCCAGACGCUGCCGUUCAAAGCAUUCCUAGUCUCUGGAUUCACCAUGGCUGGUCUGGUGAUCGGGGCAGACAACGCACUUUUAACUCACGAGGCAGAAAGGCGGCAGUCUGAGCAUGAUAUUCGUCGUGAAGCCAGGAUAGACCUCGCUCGUCGAGGUCUCAUCGGCACAGAAACUGAGAUUGCGAAGUGGCGAGCAGAAAGGACUCGACGACUGGAAGAACAAGCCAAUGCGAAUCGUUCGUGACGCCCCCAUUGCAACUCAAGAUAUCUCCAGACUUUGCAUCAAAUAUUACUUUAUAGAUGAAUUGAGAUACAGCAAUUUUCUACAGGUAUCGCGUAC